AAUCUCUGCUCCGGUUCACUUGUGUCUCGAAACGGUGGCAUUCGAUCAUCUCUGACUCUAAGUUUGCUAGAUCCACUUUUGAAGUUGCAUCUCAGACUAGAACCCUCCGUCCACGACUCCUCUUUGCCACCUACCCUUAUUAUCGAUCUUGGGAUCCCAGAUUUGAAUAUGAACGCUCUCUAUUUGAGUGUUUUGGAGACACGGAUAUAUCUCGUUUAGAAAGAAAUCCAUUGUGCCAAAGUCUCACCCCUCCGCCGGGGGUCUACAUGGAAAGGGUAUUGGCCUCUUGCAAUGGUUUGGUGGUUCUAGGCAAAACCUCUUACACAAAUUUAUCUGUGUGGAACCCAUCAACUGGAUUCUUCCGCAAAAUACCUAGUCCAGGGUUUAGGUUGGAUUUGGAAGAUGUUCACAUAUUUUCAACCAGGGAUGGCUCAUGGAAAGUUAUCACAUUUCCUCACUCCUCGUUCCCUUGCCGCGAUGAUGGCGAGGAUCUAUUAGUUUCAAAUGGAGCAAUUCAUUGGGUCAGUACUGGGAUUCCAGAAGCUAUAUCUGCUUUUGAUUUGGUAAGCGAAGAGUUCCGUCAAUUGCCAUUGCCUCCUGCUUUGAUCAAAUCAAUCCUAAAUGUAGAGCCAGUAGAGGACAGGGAUCCAAGAAGGAUAUGGACUCAGGUUCUUGUAGGAGGACGCCUUUGUGUACGGUCACACAAUGAGUAUUGGGUGAUGAAACAGUAUGCGGUCCCUGAAUCUUGGGUUAAAAUGUUUCAAUUUAGUGUGGCCGAUAUGCCAAAUGUGUUUGCUUCGGAGUAUGUUUAUCCUGCUUUUGUUACAGAAGGCGGUACAGUUGUGAUGCUCUCUGGCAUGUGGUUGGCCAGGAUUGAAUGUCAUAAUGAAGGGAAGCCUGUAUGUAGUAGCCGGUAUCAGAUUAAGAGUGUGCAUGUGAAAAAGGAUAUGUAUCGGUCUGGUGUGAUGGUUUAUGAUGAAACUCUACUUUCGUUGUAGCCAAAUGUUACGGUAACUACAAUGUAUGAGGACUUGAGCCGUGAAAAGCUAAGAACCAGAGAUUUGAGAAGAAAAUGCUCUCUGCAUUCAAAUGCUGGUUUUUAUCUAUUGCAAUUUGGAUUCUGCAUGUUUAACGGAUGUUUUAAUCUUUAUCGAAAAUCAAUGUAUUUUGUAUUUCUGUUUUGUUUCUCGUAUUGUGAUUUCUGGACGUUGCAUUAUUAUUACUACUAGUAUGAAGAUUUCUGUUCUAGCUAGUGUCCAGAAAUUGAAGCAUGGCAUAAGGUUUGCAAUACCUUAUGUUAGACAUGGUUAAGCAUAU